AUGGUAAGCGGAACGAGGAAUCGUGUCUGGGAAUGGCAGACGCGAUGGUUGGUGCACAUCUUUUUAUUGUGGAGUACAAUAGAGGCGCAGAUUCGCUACACCAUUCCCGAGGAACUAAAACAGGAUUCUGUUGUUGGAAAUAUAGCGAAGGACCUGGGUUUGAGUGUUUCUGAGAUUUCUGAGCGCAAACUGCGGAUCGCAUCCGAGGGUAAGCAAUAUUUUAAUGUGGAUUUGGGAAAGGGAGAGCUGGUCGUGAGCGAGAGAAUUGACAGGGAGACUCGUUGCGGACAAAGCGUCAGUUGUGUGUUACCUUUGCAAGUUAUAAUUGAAGACCCAUUGCAAAUGUACAGUGUUGAAAUUGAAAUCCAGGAUAUUAAUGACAAUGAGCCACUUUUUAUUACCAACGAACAUGUUUUGAAUAUCGCAGAAUCGACCGCUGCUGGGGCGUUAUUUCCUCUGAAAAGUGCAAAAGACCCAGAUGUCGGAAAGAAUGCACUCAAUUCGUAUAAACUGAACCCAAACGAACACUUUGGUUUGAAUAUAAAAACGAACAAAGAUGGAGCUAAAAUCCCCGAGUUGGUUCUUCAGAAGGCGCUGGAUAGGGAAACACAGCCGGUUCUCCAACUCGUACUGACGGCAGUUGAUGGAGGUACUCCGGCGAGAUCAGGAACAACACAGAUCACCGUUCACGUUCUGGAUAUAAACGAUAAUGCCCCCCUAUUCGAGAAGGCAAUUUAUGAAAUGUCGCUCAAAGAAAACUCACCGCAAGGCACAGUUGUUACCUCUGUCAAAGCUUUUGACUUGGACGAAGGCACAAAUGGAGAGGUAGCUUACUCUUUUGCAGAGCACACAACGGAUGCUAUCCAAAACACUUUCAAUAUCAAUUCUGAAACGGGUGAGAUAACCAUUACGGAUACGCUCGAUUAUGAAGAGGCCAGUACCUAUGAACUAAAUAUACGCGCUAAAGACAAAGGAACUCCUGCAAUGGAGGGUCAUUGUACGGUGCAAGUUGAAAUUCAAGAUGAGAACGACAAUUCGCCGCAAAUAAUUCUUACAUCUUUGCCAAGCCCAGUAAGAGAAGACGCGCCAUUGGGAACUGUCGUUGCUUUGAUACGUGCUAAGGAUAUUGACUCCGGGGACAAUGGCCGUGUCAGUUUAAAUAUCCCGGCAGAAUAUCCUUUCAAAUUAAAGCCAUCGUUUUCUGAUCAUUACACUUUAGUCACAGAUUCAAAACUGGACCGUGAGAAAUUUCCAGAGUAUAGAAUACAAAUGUAUGCUUCUGAUUCAGGUUCUCCUCCUCUUACGACUCAAACGGAAAUAACUGUGAAUAUCUUGGACGUAAAUGACAAUCCACCGAUUUUCACUCAAUCUUCGUACACAGUGUACGUUAAAGAAAACGGUGCCCCGGGGCAAAUAUUGUUUUCAGUUUCUGCUUCUGAUCCAGACCUCGGUGAAAAUGCGAAGAUUUCAUAUUUUAUUUUCGACUCUAAAGUACAAGACGUGUCUGUCUCCUCGUAUAUUUACAUUAACUCCGAUAACGGCAGCAUCUACAGCAUGCACUCGUUUGACUAUGAGAAGCUGAAGGUGUUCCAGGUCCAGGUGCAGGCAAAGGACCAGGGCUCUCCGUCUCUCAGCAGUAACGCUACUGUUCAUGUUUUUAUCCUGGAUCAGAACGACAACACCCCCACUGUAAUUUACCCCUCUGUUAUCAUGGGCUCAGUCUCUCACCAGAAACUGCCCCGCUCUGCUAAAGCGGGACACCUCGUUACCAAGGUAACAGCAGUGGACGCUGACUCGGGGCACAACGCCUGGAUUUCCUAUAGAGUGGUGGAGGCUACAGACGCUUCUCUGUUCGGUGUGAAUCUUUAUACCGGGGAGGUGAGGACUAAACGCGCUGUUUCAGAGCAGGAUGACGCCUCUCAGAGGCUGCUUAUAGAGAUCAAGGACAACGGGGAGCCGGUCCAGUCCACCACAGUCACAGUCGGCAUAUUGUUAGAGGACGGGGUUCACGAGCCCAUAUCGGACUUGCGACAGAAAACGCAAGAACCCAGCAAGAAAAACAAUAAGAUCACCUUUUAUUUGAUCAUCUCUCUGGCGUCGAUUUCCGCCGUGUCUUUUGUCACUUUUAUGAUCUUGGCAGUGAAGUGCGUUAGAAACAGCCGAAGGGGGGCGUGUUGCUGUAUCAGACGGUCUGAAUCUGACGGAUACAAGAAUCCCAACAGAAAUCUGCAGAUCCAGCUGAACACUGACGGGCCUAUUAAGUAUGUGGAGGUUCUGGGCGGGGACAUGAUGUCUCAGAGCCAGUCCUUCAGGUCGUGCCUCUCUCCGGUGUCAGAGUUCAGUGAUUUCACCUUCGUUAAGCCCAGCAGCACCUCUGACUUUAAGGAUAUGAUCAGUGUCCUCGACGCGUCUCUGCCUGACAGUGCGUGGACGUUUGAGAGUCAACAGGUGAGCAUUACCUCAUGA